AUGUAUUGGAAGAGCAACCAGAUGUUUGUGUGUAAACUGGACGACAAAGACGUGCCUGCGCUUCGCCUCGCGACGGAAAAGGUGAGCCCGCUGCCUCUUCUUCCCCCUGAGAAGACGAGAGACCCUUUUCCUUAAGCGGAUUGCCUCCCUCGCAGUCUGUGUAAAAGUGGAGUGGAUCCAAAUUUGCCCCCAGAGAUACCAGCUGCUAUGCCCUUUGCUCCGGAGUAGUUUCAUUUCAUUGCAGCGGGGGCCGAAUAUUUCGCGUUAAGCGGUUUGCUCAUCGCAGCUUAAGACCCGUCCAGGAAUUCCGCCGACCCCAAAUGUAAUUUUAAUUUUAAUUACAUUUCGUAAUUUUGUAAAGUAUCCCCACCCCCACCCCUCCUCUUCCUUUGAAAUGCGCUUUUUCGUGUGGUGGAAGCGAUUUCCCCUUCCACUCCUGAAGGCAAAUUGGCACGGUUCCACCUAACGUCUGUAAGCGCUUGACACCCUUUACUUGGUGUGUCUGUGUGUGGAAAGCUACGGGUUUUGUUUUUUUGUUUUUUAACUGUAGAUCUAAAAUAUAAACAAAUACCUGAAUUUCCAGCUGAAAAGGAAAAAAAAGAAAUAAAGAAAAGCGCGCGCGAGCACACGAAAACAAGUUUAGUAGGAAACGUCCGCAGGGGAAAGAGAGAAAUCGAAUAUUUGGUGCACGGAGGACUGACACCGCUUCCACUUCUUACGAAGGACGCCGCUUCGACUUCAUACAACGGAGUAGUCCCUUAAGGCAUCGCUGGCUUUUGAGGAUUUUUUUUACCGUGCCUCGAUUUCGCUUCGAACUGUCCCUAAAGCAAGCGAGUGACAGACGUCAGGCUUGCAUGACCUACUUUUUCUUUUUCUUUUGGUGCCAAAGCCAAACCGUUUAGAAUUAAAGAAUCUGCAUUGAGUUUAUCAGAACUGAUGGGAGCUCGUGGUCGGUCCACCCACCAACGCAUCCAUACAUCCCUCCCUGUCGGCAGCAUAAUUUAGAGGGGGUGGGCAAGUCUUUUCGUUGCUGCUGCUCAGCAGUUGAUAGCCAGGAGUCCUUUGCAAGCCAAAGACCUGCCAGCAGACCCGUAUCUGCCUCCCGUUCACCCCUCUUUUAAAAGGCAGUUAAUUCCAGCGGUUUUGGGUCCCCCCCGUACAUCUGUGGCGAUCGGCGCGGCAGAAUCCUCCAAACUAGCUCGAUUGCCUUCGAUGGGGCUACUCCGGGGUAAGUGAUCGCAAGCAGCCUUGAACCAGACCAUGAGCCAAACCCUCAAGGGCCGCCGCAUUUCCUAGUCUCUGUUCAAGGAAUUCUAAAAAUGAAUGCAAUAUACUUAUUCACUGGAAUCAUAAAACCGUAGAGCUGGAAGGGACCCCUGGCCUGGGGGUCAUCUAGGCUAACCCCCUCGCAAUGCAGGAAUCUCAACUAAAGUACCCAUGACAGAUGGAAAUAGAAGCCUUGCUUGAGCCAAAACGAAAAGACAUUUAAACCAGAGCAAAUUGUUUGCAAGGGCUCGAGUACAGCCUGUUGGGUUGGCUUUUUAAGGGUUCUGGGGGAUAGUGUCCCCCCUUUUUUGCUGUAACCUUCCUGCCUCUUUCCAUUGUACUUUAUACUGCUUACCUGCGCAUGGGAAAUGUCAAAUCGUGCGCUGCAUCUAUAGACGCCGGUGGGGAGCAAGUCCCAUAGAAACAUGCAGGGCUGGCUUCUGUGUAGGCCCGGGACGGUGGAUGGCGCGCAGCCUCUUCAGUCGCAAAGACUUCGGCAAAGCAAGGAGCCGGUGGACUAGCUGCAACCUGGAUAAAAUUAUUACGCGGGGUCAGGAAAGUGUCCCCGAAACUAGCUCUGCCUCCUUCCACGAGGCUACUCUGGGCAGACCCAUUUAUACCCCGGAUCGGGGCGCUCUAGAUCGGGUCGGGCUCCGUUUCGCCCCGGCCCCGGCUAUGGCGCCCGAUGGUCAGGGAUGAUGUAGGAGGGCGCAGUGCCCGCUACCUCCGCUCCAGAUGAUCUCUCUCACAUUUCAUCUUGGCGAUUCAGGUGGAUCGGAAAUGCAUCUGUUCCCGAAGCUCUCCCACACUCGGCCUCACUGACUAACCGCUGGGAUUGCGGGGUAAUUAAUCCGCAUCGAGGUGGCAUCCCUUGCCAGGGAGCAAAGCUCCAUUGGAAACAGUAAUCGGGUUCAGGAUUGCACUGCGACUUUGGAUAGAGUCGGCUGCUUAGCUACAGGGGGCUUUGGGCGCGGGCUUGACGGGCCGAGGGUCGCCCUGCGCCGGCUUUGUUCCGCGCGCCUAAUGGAGGCGAGCGCAGCGCCCUGGCGGAGUUGGCGCGAGCGCUUUUGUCCCUCGCCUCGCUCGGCCUCGGCCGCGCCAAACGGCUUCAUCAAGCGCGCGCCCUCCCUCCAAAUUGGCCAAGGGGGCCAUUGUGUUUAAUGACCCCCCGAAUUAAAUUCAGCUGGCUGGUUUCUAUUCUCCUCCUUUCUCUUCUGGUGACGUUCCCUUCUUCCUCUUCCCCCCUUUUUUUGUGCCCUCAGCUUAACGAAAUAAAUAAAUCCUCGAGUCUAAGCAGCAGCCCCUCGGCCUGUUGACUUCGGCUCGAGUGCUUAAGUGGCAAUUUACACCUCGGAGGCCCCAAGCUGGAAGUGGCAAGGCGGGCUUAAUUGCGGAGGGUAUUUGGAGGCCGCGCAAGCUGAGGCAUUUUCAUUUAAAUCGUGCCCGGCACGAGCGCCGGGCGGGCGAGGUCUUGGGCUGCUGCUGGAGGAGCGGCAAUUAGUGCUCAAGGGCCCCAUUGAAGCGCUUAUGCCUCGGGGCCGACUUCGCCCCUUAAUUGCCGCCGUUUAGUUUUGGCUGGAGGGGAGGGAAGGAUGGUCGGCAGCCCCUCUUUCCUUCUCCUAUGACGAGCCUCAGUUUUCGGCGGCCUUCGGCGAGCUCAGCCGUCUGGUCUUUCUUCGCAGUUCCCGAGGCUCAUGGCUGAGGAGUGUGGGCGAGUAGCAGUAGCAGCAGCGGCGGCGACCGCGACUGGGAGAAGACGGAAAAGCGCGGGAGAAACUGGGCUGGUAAGUCAGCGAGACGCGGGUGGGAUGGAGCGACGAGAAAGGGACUUUCCUCCUAGUCCGUGAAGGGAGCUGAAGGAGAGACGGCGUCUCUGAGGCGACAGGGGACUCUUUGUGUGCGGGCAGCGCGAGAAAGGCGGGAACGGGGCAUUAGCAGGCGGCCAGGCGGGCGCGUGGCCUCGCGGUCUCUCCCACCUGCCCCGACCCAGUCAGGGCAGUCACUGGGUGGCCUUCAGGUCGGGUUGGGUUCUCUUCUGAGGGAGAUUUGUGAGGGCGAAGGGGCACAGACACGAAGAAGGGCUCCAGGGAGAGAAUAUUCAACCGUAGUAGGAACUGAGGGGGAGCUCCUCUCCCUAUUAUCCGUUAUUUUAUCAAUAGUAUUGGCGGGGAACCUCGGCUGAGGCGGCUGGUUUGAGGGAGCGCUCGCCUUGGCAGCUGGAUCUAAUGAUUGGGCGGCGGGGAGAGGACGAGAGUUACCUCGGAGAGGCUCCUGAGGGAAACAGGCCCGUGUGUAUUAAUCCGCUCGUGUCCGUGUGGCAGGUGAGCCCCGAGGUUGCCGGAGACGAGGAUUCGUGCUCGCCGUCCACGCCUCUCUCGCCUUCUUCGUCUUCUCCGCGCUCGCUGAAUUCGGGCCCGGGCGGAUGCGCGCCCAGCAAGUGCAUCUGCAGCAGCUGCGGCCAGGAGAUAAUCGACAAGUACCUUCUCAAGGUGAGUUGGCGGGCCUUGCAAGCCUGGGCCUUGGAGCGGGAAAUGAAUGGGCUUCGAGCUCACGGCUGGGGCUUCAAGGAAGGCCAAUCUGUCCGCCAGGGUCACAGAUUUUUUGCUCUCCUGAAAGGUUCACCUCCUGAUAGACACUCUGGACGAUGAGAGAUUGUGCUUUCCAGCAGGUGAUCAAUGAAAAGUUACUUAAAAAGCACGCUUCUUGGGUCAAUAGUACCUUUUGAACGAGUUUGGUUUUUUAAAUGCUCUUUUGCAGGGAAUCACCUUCAAAAAGUACUACUAGAAAAUGUUAUUGGCCUUUGCAGAGGUUUCCCACCCUCCUCCUAGAAAUACAGUAACUUAUUUCACUUGGAUAUUUGAGAAAUCUGAAAGCUAAAAUCACUACAGAUUUAGGGAGAUUUGCUCACUGAAUUUGCAACACUAUUUCUUUGCAGUCAAAAUUGGUUUCCUUGACUACUGGACUAGUCUUAACCUUUGGUGUUAUAUUUAGGAUCAUUUGUUUAGUGCACAUACUUGCUACAAAACAGGGCCACUGUUUUGACAAAUUCAAACUCAGAAUUAUGUUGCAGGUUUUAAAUGCUGCCUUACUCAAGUGAAGUUUCCUCUUUGGCUUAUAAAUGUCAUAUGUGCACUAGAUCAAGGGUUAGUAGGCACUAAUCAAAACUGAAGUCUGGUUUUGUUGUAAAAAGCCAGAUAAUUUGGAUUUCACAAUCAUCAGACUGUCUUGAGUUUGUCAGUAGAUUCCUAUAAGAGGCUCCAAAUCUGGGCCAUGCUGAAACUAGGAAACAGCUUAAUUUUUUCCUGCUCACUCCUGAAGUGCCUUAAAUACCACUUUACAAACACAAUACAAUAAAUAUCUACCUAGGGGCUUACUUCAUUGGCUGCAAUAGGACUUACUCUCACGUUAAUGUGUGUAGAAUCGCAGCAUUCAAUAGCAUCCAUACUUUUAAAAUCUGAAGUGGAAAGUUGAAUAUAAACAAAUCUGGAAGCAUAAUGCAGAGUCACUUGUUGUAGAAUGCAUAUAUUUUAUUCUGACUGGUUCAUGAAAUGGUGCCUUAGUAAAAGGUCUUCUCCUGGCUGAAUAUAAAAUUUUAAUUAUUCAUCCACCCUGGCCAGAUAACCUAAGGAGGUUAUGUGUUCAAAAUAGAUUGCACUUGCAUUAUUAGAAAUAAAUGUGUUCCAUUGCUUUAAGCUUGCUGGAGACAUAAAAGUAAAUUACCAGUUUUCAAAAUUUGGAUGAAGAAACAAAAUUUCUGAAAUUCCCAGUGAUCAUAACCACCAGCUCAGAAAACGAAUCUCAAUUGGAUAUGUAUUUUCUUGUGGUGCUUUUUUUUUUUUUUUUUUGAGGUGCCAGAUAUUAAAAGCCAACCUGAAAUUACAUUUGAUAUUCUUAAUAUUUGAUUACAAUUGGAAUAUUAUAUGGAUGGGCUUAUGGAGGUGCAACUGCUGGCUUCUGUAUUUGAAAGGGGAUUAUUCUGCAUCUUUCUUUCUUCCUUGUUUGUUUGCCAGAAGUUCUGUGAUUGCCUGGCAGCUAAUGUAGGAUGAAUUUAGGAAGCAGGCCUGAAACAAGAUUUUAAAAAUAAUUUUUGGAUUUAUCUUGCCAACAUGGUACAUUUGGGGAAUUAUUGUGUGUGAGCAUUACAGUAUAUCUGCACACAGAAUAUGGGAGUGGAUAUUUGUCAUCUGAAGUUUGGUAUAACAAAGGCAUAGGCAAACUCGGCCUUCCAGAUGUUUUGGGACUACAACUCCCAUCAUCCCUGACCACUAUUCCUGUUAGCUAUAAUAAUAAUUUAUUUAUACCCCACCCAUCUGGCUGGGCUUCCCCAGCCACUCUGGACGGCUUCCAACAAUAUUAAAAUACAGUAAUGCAUCAAACAUUAAAAGCUUCCCUAAACAGGGCUGCCUUCAGAUGUCUUCUAAAAGUCUGGUAGUUGUUGUUCUCUUUGACAUCUGAUGGGAGGGUGUUCCACAGGGCGGGUGCCACUACCAAGAAGGCCCUCUGCCUGGUUCCCUGUAACUUGGCUUCUCGCAGUGAGGGAAUCACCAGAAGGCCCUCAGCGCUGGAGCUCAGUGUCCGGGCAGAACGAUGGGGGUGGACACUCCUUCAGAUAUACUGGACCGAAGUGACGAUGACUACUGCUACUACUCUACUACUACAUUUGGACCCCACCUUUUCUCCAAGGAGCUCAAGCUCAUGUAUAUAUUCUCCCCCCCCUUCCUUCUUUCUCUCACCACAAUCCUGUGAGGUAGGAGGUAGGUUAGGCUGAGAGUUUGUGAUUGGCACAGGGCCACCUAGUGAGCUUCAUGACCAAGUGGGGAUUUAAAUCCUAGUCUUCCAGAUCCUAGUCAAACCCUUGAAUGAAGAGUGAACCCUUAGCAUAAAACAGCUUGAGGUCCCCAAAAAUGUUUCCAACUGCUGAUUAAAAAGUAACAUGAUGCAGACUGCAAGGAUAAAGUGGUAAUACUACAUAGGACUAUUAAUUGUUUAUGCUGCAGAUCAAACUUGUGAUGAUUAGGCUGCAUCUGGAGUUCUGUGUCCAGUUGUGGGUGCCGCACAUCAAGAGGUCCAAGCUGGAGGGUGCUCGGAGGAGAGCAAUCCAGAUAUCAAAGUGGGUCUAGAUACCGAAUCCUAUGAGGAAUGGUUGAAAGAGCUGGUUGUGUUUAGCCGCCCUAGAAGAGAGACUGUUAAUGGGAGACGUGAGGCUGUUGUGCAAGAUGGAGUGAAAUUGCAACUGUUCAGCAUUAGAAGAAACCUCUCGAGCUGUUCAGCACUGUAGCAUGGUUCCUUGGGAGCUGAUGGACUCUCCUUCAUUGGAGGCAUGGAUCCUGCAUUGGGAAGUUGGAGCAGAUGAUUUCGGGGACCCUUGAAGCUCUGUGCUUCUUUGACUUCAGUUGUUAUGAACAUGUUCCAUAGGCCUCCGUACUGCUGCUCCUAGCACUGGUGGUGAAGUCACAGAGAGAGAAUAAUGCUUGUUUGUGAAUUAGGUAGUUAAUCUUUUUCACUGAUGUGACUUUGUUUCCAACUCGGGGAAAACAAUGUGGCAAAUACUCUUUCCCUCUUCCCAUUAUUGAAGAAACAAACACAGGAGUGUUGCAUUGUAGCUUACUGGUAAAUUCUUCUAGCGUGGGGAAUAUGUUUAUACAGUUACAGCAAAUACCACCGACAAUCGGCCAUGGUAAACUCUGCAAGCAGGGUUCAAUCACAGUUGGUAGGAUUGUUUAUGCUGUUUCAAGGCUUAGGCAAUGUUGUUUAUGUAUCUUUUGUGUACAUCGUGCUCAUUUCAGAAGGUCAUGGUAAGUCAGUUACGUGACUGUUAUGUGAUCAAAGGUAGUUCAAAACUGUAUUCAAAACUCCAAACUUUCAGUUACAACACUGUACCUUAAACAACAGAGAACUUUAAAAAUUCAUUUUUUAAAUCAAUACAGUGAUGAAUUACCAUCAAGGACUAUUAGUUUUCCUUCAGCAUCUGACUUCGCUGAUUUGAUCAUCCCUCUAACUUUAUCAAACGUUAAAUUCUUGUUUCAUAGGGUUUCUUUAGUAAGGCUGUUGGCAUUUUUGAAAUGGCUUAGUGGACAACCAAUAUAUCUAUUUAGUGUUCUAUAUCUUGGGUUAUUACCAAAUCGCCAAGUGACAAUCGAUUGAGCUACAAAUUUUCUGAAAACUUUAUUCUUGCUAUUAAAACUUAGUACAGUGGUUCACCAAGUGGAUGGUAUCUCCCCGGGGAGGACGGGACUAAGAGGCGUGGGGGUAAGGGUGGGUGCUGGCGUUAUGCCACUCCAAAGCCUUUGAUUGCUUCUUUACAAAGGCCUGGCUAGAGCACUAGAGCAAAAAAACACCACCUUGGUAUUUCAUGUUUUAUUGCUCUUAUCACUUUCAAAGCCAUUUCCUUUGGUCACAUUUGUUUUUAUUUGCAAUUCUGAAUUGUUGCAAGGUACCCAAUCAUUGGUAAUAGGUAACUGAUUCCCUUACUGUAUAUCUGUGGUAGGUGAAAGUUUGUGUUUGUUUGGUAAGUAGCUACAUAUAAAUAUUUUAGGCUAUAGAUUUCAUUCACCCUUUUGUUUUUAUUAAUAAUGCAAUAAAAAAAGUUCAUGCAAUAUUGUUUGCUAUAUAUUCUUUAAAUUACAAGCUUAGAGUUUAUGAAUUCAUUUUUUUAUAUUUUCAGAAUAAAUAUAAAAUUACUACUGUUUUGAGUUUUACUGUGUUAUCAUCUUUGGUGGGUUGUGCAAACCACUGUUUUGAAUAAUGCUUUUUAUAAGAUAGGCUAUAGAGGGCACGGGGGGUGAGUUGAAGAAAGCAAUGGGGCAAAGUUUGGGAGCCACUGAUCUAGCAGAGGAUUAAAGCAUGUCUGUUCACACAAUUCACUCUGAUUGUGUCUAUUACCUUGUCAGCACAAGUAAUAAAUGCAGCUAGGAUAUACGUAGUUUGCUAUGUGAUAAACUACAACAAUUGCACAUCGGCUGUUUGGUUUGAGAGCAUGGAUCAUUCAUCAACUCCAUCAUUUAAUGUAGCCAAGCAAGCUAACCUCCACUACGGUUGUGAAUGAUCCAUGGUAAGUUUCAUAAUAAGCAAGCAGCUGAAUAAGUGUUUCACUUUCUCAUGCUUUAAAUGGUAAGCUCUGCAGGGCAACUUCACCCCUUAAGUGCAGUUCAAGGUGAUAUGGUGUCAGCUAAUACUGCCUUUCUGGAUUAAACAGCUCCAUAGUCAUCCGUGCUAUGUUGCCCUCUUCCCAUAAUGUUCUGUUAAAGCUUACACAAACACUUAUUCUAAAGCCUAGAAUAACUUGAAUAACUUGAAUAUAAACUUGUGUCCAAAGUCUUGACUAGCUUUUGACUUGGGGCAUGUUUGUGCUAGCUCAUUUUCAUGUAAUAUGUCAUUGAAAAUUGCUCAAGUAAAGGCUACACCUUUAUAUUUUUAUUCUGUCACUCUUGUUAUAGCCUGACCAGCAGGGGUGGUGUUGGAGGAGGCCUAUGGGAGCUUCACCCUCCAGAAUACUUGCCCCUUCUCUACCUUUUAGAAGCUUGUUUUAUUACUUUGCAGUAUAUCUGUUUGCUAUGUAAGCAAAGGUAAAUUACCAGUGAGACUGCAGCCACUUGCAGUCUUAAUUCGCCCAGAGGCAAAUUAAACCCUGAGAGCAGGAGCUAGAGUUUGUGUGUUUCCUUCUGAAAGGUGCCUUAAAAUCACAUCUUUACAUUUAAAUCGGAAUUUGUAUGUUUGGCCUCUGCCUCAAGUCUUUUAUGCCCAUGCUGACUUACGAAUACUUAUUGCUCAUUUGCAUGAAAAUAAAUAACCCAUUGCUGCUAACUUAUUUAUUCAGGUGAAUUGUGUGAGCAGGACUGGAAAAUCAACAGAACCACCCCCUCGAAUAAAAUUGGGGAAUACAGGAACAAAACAGUUCUCUCUUAAGAUGCUUUUGUGUUCUGUUCGGUCACUGUAGAUGCACAGUCCCUCUGGGGAGAGAAGCUGUUUCUGGAUUUCCACAAGUGGCUUUUCUUCCUUGCAUUAAACAGAGCUCUGGCACGACUCAUUUGUGUCAGUAGGGCUUGUAGUGGAGAACUUCUCGAUGAAUUGUGCCCCUCUUGGGUGUAAAAUUAUUAUUAUUAUUAUUACUACUAGUAGUAGUAUUAUAAAUUCCAUUUGUGAUUGCUUUUUAGAUCUGUGGAUUCUCACACUUGAGAGUCCUAAGUAUUACUGUGAACUUUAUUUCUUCAAGCCCUGUUUAUAUAGUUUGCUUAAAUCACUGCUACCGAAUGUAAAAUUUCUUUCUCCUUUCAUAGGUAAAUGACUUGUGCUGGCAUGUGCGGUGUCUCUCUUGCAGUGUAUGUAGGACUUCUUUGGGAAGACACACCAGCUGCUAUAUCAAAGACAAAGACGUUUUCUGCAAACUAGACUAUUUCAGGUAUACUAUGCUUUAUUUACGUAUGUGUUUAUUGCAUGUAUGCAUCAACUUUCUGUCAAAGCAUUCUAGGUGGUUUAUAAUAUGAAACUAUGAAACGUAAAACUGUCCCUAUUGGAGGGGGUUAGUCAACUGGAGCAGACCUGAUGUUGUUUGCCUUCCUCCAUCGCUCUUCUUUCCUCUUAUAGGCAGGUGGUAUCUUGUAAUUACAAAAUACUAAGAUUAUGACAGUAGACCCAUGAAUUUUUGUGUUUUAUGUGCAUGGACACAUCCUAGUACAAAGGGCUUAUUUGCACAGCAGUGCUCAUAACUGAAACACACUAUUGGCUGAGCUGGCAAGAACUGUUGGAAGUUGAGCCCAACGAUACCCAAAAAGGACACAGGUUCCCCAUCCCUGCUUUAGUGUCAUUUGGUAGCCAUUAUUAGGCUACUUUCUGGGUAGCUGCUCUUGAACCAUUCCUUCUACAUCUUGUUGUCCUCUUAAUUUUUUUUUAUUAUUGAAAAAUGUUUAUUUUUAGUUAUUAAAAAAAAAUCUGAAAAAUAUGGCCCUUCACAAAACAAACAAAACCUUCAGCAUUCAUGCCAGAAAUUGGGAAACCAAAUAAAUCUUUUUAGGAACAGUUCCACUUCUUAAUUGCAUAACUCACAGCAUGUAUACGACAAGUGGACCACAGGCUGGACCAUACUCAAAGCUGAGUAUUUUCCAGUCCAUCUAACAGCAGAAUCCUAUGCAUAUCCUAUGUAUUUUAAAUGGAACUCACUCACAGGAAAUUAAAGGAUUGUAGCCUAUUUCUCCCAUUGAGCUAACGAAGUGCUUAAUGUUACUUGCAUAUAUCCUUACUGAAAGAAUUGCUGCAGAAGAUCUGUUAGAUAUAUCUAUAGAUACAGAUAUAUAUAGAUAUAUAUGCACACACCAACAAACAGUGUCAUGGAGUGGUCUAGGAUAGAGCAUGGCUGGAAGAGUGUAGUUAUCUGGAAUUACUUGCAAUAUGAUGAAAUCAAUCUCAAUAUUAUAACUUCAAAAAAUGUUUUCGAUUAAGCCCUACUGCCAUCUUCCUGUUUCCAUCUACUCUCGCAAACUGCAAUUGUUUCCUCCAGAAGGAAAGUAUUUCUGUUGCAUGCCAACACUUUGGGGAGUAAACUACUCCCGUUUCUUCUUUGCAGACCAAGAUAAAACAUGGAAAUACUUUGCUGCUAGAGUAAGCUACUGCCAUUGAAGGUGUAAGGAGAAACUCACCCUUUGUUAUCUAAAGUGCUUGGGGUUUCUGGCUGUAAUAAAAGUACCUGGCCUUUCAUCCUGAAUAACACCUAAUAUGUCUGUUGAAAAGUCAGGAGAAAGAACUUGGAAACAGUUUUUAAAACUGACAAUCAGAUCCAUGAAGCCUACGGAUGUGAAACUGUGAGGUGCUCUUUUGAAAUACACCAAGUGCUCACUUGCAUUGAUUUUUUUGACAUUGUUUUGUACACUGGUGAGAGUAAUAGAAUUAAUUCUCAACAUCUUCCCAUUCUCAGCUCAUAUGUCCUUCUGUUUCAUUGCCAACAACGGAGGGGAAUAGUGUCUAAACAGCAGAAAAAUAUUGUAGUAAAAUGGCUCUAGUCAGACUCUUGCCAUUAUAAUGCUUUAGUAACAAUUCAUUUGGAUUACUGCAAUGCACUCUACUUGGGGAUUAAUUUGGUGCAGAAUUCUGCUGUCUGCUUUCACAACAUUCGCCUAACUGUUACCGUAUUUUUCGCCCUAUAGGGCGCACCUAGUUUUUUUGGGGGGGGGAAUAAAGAAAAAAAAUUAUUUCCCCCCAGGCGCUGGGCUAGGAUGGGGGAAGCCCGAGCUUCCCCCGACCCCAGCCCCCAGAACAGGCUGCUAUCCGCAAGCCUAGGGAGCCCGGCAGGAACUCCCGCGGGCUCCCAAGGCUUGCGGAUAGCUUCCUGAAGCCAGGAGAGUGAGAGGGGUUGGUGCGCACCGACCCCUCUCGCUCUCCAGGCUUCAGCGAAAGCCUGCAUUCACCCCAUAGGACACACACACAUUUUCCCUUCAUUUUUGGAGGGGAAAAAGUGCGUCCUGUAGGGCGAAAAAUACGGUAAUUAACAAAUUAUAUUUGAGGGCCUUCUCAGUGGUGGUGCCCACCCUGUGGAACGCCCUCCCAUCAGAUGUCAAGGAAAUAAACAACUAUCUGACUUUUAUCUGAAAGCAGCCCUGUUUAGGGAAGCUUUUAAUGUUUGAUAUUUUAUUCUGUUUUUAAUCUCUUGGGAGCCGCCCAGAGUGGCUGGGGAAACGCAGCAGGAUGUGUAGGGUAUAAAUAAUUUUUUAUUAUUAAUACUAUUUAUUUAGCUUUCACACAACUGGAACUAUAGUGGAGUAUAGUGUCCUCAUUUCCAUGUUUUUUUUAUAAACAGAUCGUCCCCCUGCCCCCAAAAGCCAAUAACCCAGAAAUGAGCACAAAGCUUGCACUAUUUUCCACUAUAGUUCCAUAAGUGGCUUAUGUGUGAAAAUGCAAAUAUAAUAUGGAACUUAAUAGUCAUUAAAAUGGAAUGAACCGCCAUGUGAAUGCAGCCUGUAUUGCAAACGUCCCGUCCCCCUGCUUUUUACCUCUUUAAUGCCCUAAAUGGCCUAGGCCAGGGGUCAGUUUACCUUGCCUGGGCUGGAUCAGUCCUGCAGAGAACCCUCCAUGGGCUGGGUUCUCGCCUGCGAUUUCCGGCAUCUGCGUGUGCGCAGACAUAUUUCCGGCACUGCAGAAGUGAGUCCCCACACUGGUUUAGCGCAGCGCUCCAGGACUCGCCAAGCGGGCAGCUCAGUUCUGGGGUGGCUCGUGGGCCAGUUAAACAGCCAGCGUGGGCCGCACGUUGCCGACCUCUGGCUUAGGCUCUUUGUACCUGAAAGAGCAGCUUUUCUCUGCAUAUUUCCCUCCAUUGCCUGAGCUAAAGAGGGGAAACGCUACUAUGGCUUCCCUCUGUUUUUUUCAUAGUUGAGUUUGAUGAAGCAAUGUAGGUCUUGAUGGUUCCACUGACUCUUAGAACUCUUUAGAUCAGAGGUAUCUAUCCAUCUCAUAAGAAUAUCACAUUCUUUUGGUUAGUUGUCUAAGCCGACUGCUGAAAGAACUUUCCAUGGUGUUGCCUAGCUGUAUGGACUGUUCCUGCUGAGUUAUUUUGUAGUUUCAUUGCUGUUUUUGUGCUGUUUUUUUGUUGGGCUUUUUAUUGUACAAAGUUUCGUGAAUCAAAGAUUAGUUGCCCUCCUAUUUUUUUUAAUGGUAAUAAAUUAUCAUCUCCUGGACACAGAGUGGUAAUAUAUGUAUGGAGUAAGGAGGAAUAGCCUACACCUUUUUAAAAGAAAGCUAUAGAAUGAAAAGGUGUAGGGUUCUGCCUGACUCAACACUUCCUGUCUUGGAUAGCAGGUAUUAAACUCAUUUUUUUAAAAAGAUACCCCUGCUACAUCAAGAUAUAAUCUCAUGUAACGCCAUGUGUAUGACAUAACAGGGCUCCUGGGCUGACUUUCCUCAAAGCGGCAUGACUUGUCCUUAUGAGAUCUCUUAUGAUUCUCACAAGAAUGCAUAAGGGAACGUCAUCUCAAAAGUUCAAACAUUAAUUGCAAAGUAAGGCAAUCCUCCUUUUUUUCUGAAGCAGUUGAGUGGAACUUAAGCAAAUCCCAGCUUUCAAUGAGACUAGUAGCAUUUAUGAUGAACUUCAUAAUACCCGCAAUGUAGCUUCAUAAUCUAACUUGAGUGGCAGUUGUAUGAUGAAUGGCUGCUAUUUUCUCUUCCCUUCUUUCGUUACAGACGGUAUGGAACUCGUUGUUCUCGCUGCGGCAGGCAUAUCCAUUCCACUGACUGGGUCCGAAGAGCUAAGGGAAAUGUGUAUCACCUGGCAUGCUUUGCCUGCUUCUCCUGCAAAAGGCAGCUUUCCACAGGGGAGGAGUUUGCUUUGGUGGAAGAGAAAGUCCUCUGUAGGGUACAUUAUGACUGCAUGUUGGAUAAUCUGAAACGAGAAGUUGAAAAUGGUAACUCUCCUUCUUGAUGUUAGGUCCCUAGGCUGUAUUCCUUUUUUUGUUUGUUUGUUUAAUGUGGAGGGAAAAACACACACACCCCCCACAGUAGGUUCUGGAAACCAGAUUAACUUGAUCAUUUUCUCUGUAACUAAUGUAUAAAUGUAGCAUGCAUGCAAUUGCAUGAGGAGUUGGUCAUCUGUAGUUUUCACUCUUGUUCUAAGGAGCAUUUUACCUCUCCUCUGCUUUCCUCCAGUGUUUUUAAUCUGUGGCAUUGGCAAAGUAAAAUUCUCCAUGCCACACAGGCCACUUCAGAUUGCCAUAAUUGCUUGUAGGUGGAUGCUAGUGGUGCUAUGUUUGCACUUCAUUAAAAAAAGGGGGGCACCACUGUUGCUCCUUACGUUUGCAGAUUUUUCAAAGCAUGGUAUCCCAGGUCCAUUACAGUGGUACCUCAGGUUACAUAUGCUUCAGGUUACAUAUGCUUCAGGUUACAGACUCCGUUAACCCAGAAAUAUUACCUUGGGUUAAGAACUUUGCUUCAGGUUGAGAACAUAAAUUGUGCUCCGAUGGUGUAGCUGCAGCAGUAGGCCCCAUUAGCUAAAGUGGUGCUUCAGGUUAAGAACAGUUUCAGGUUAAGAACGGACCUCCGGAACGAAUUAAGUACGUAACCAGAGGUGCCACUGUACAUGUUUGUCCUUCUCAAGCAAUGUAGUUCCAUUUGAUCCACAGUUGCGAAGAAAUGGUGUAGUAAACAUUUCUCAUUGGGCGGAUAGAGUUACACUGUAAUUCAAACCCCCUUUGUGACAGGUUUGGGGGUGGGAGUUGGAUUGUCUAUAGUUUUCCCAUACUCUCCUCAGAACCAUCUCUCCCACUCAAUGUGCUAGUUGGAGGAAGGGGCCAGCAGCAAGAUCUCUGUUGGUGGCAGACUGUGGAGAGCUCCAUAAUAGAGUGUUACGGGGUUGGGGAAGGGCUGGGUUCACCCUGGAUCUGCUGGACCCUGAGCCAACUCCACUACCAUCACAUGAUGGCCCAAUUGAUGCACCAGCUCUGCCGCAGCAACUUUCAUGCUCCCUCUUCCCAUUCCACACCAGCCAGUGUGAAUGGCAAGGCUUUGCUGGUGACUCUGCUUCUUUUAAGCUCUACUGCUCCCCACUUGGGAUUUGGAUUGUAGUUUAAAUGAUCUGAAUUUAGCCCUUGACAAGAACUAUAAGGAGCUUGAUUUUUUUUUUUUAAUGUCCAUAGCAUUUAGCAUUCUUUCUCUCUACUCGAUUCAGAAUAAAACUGGUUUUUAAUCAAGGCCAUGUCAUAUUCCUGUUUGGUGGUUCAUGGAUUCUCUUCCUACACCUCUCCCCCGCCCAAAAUAAAAAUGAAGGCCUGCGCUUGCAACCAGGACCCUGAUCUGAAACAUGCUUAAAAAAUAGAAUACCAAAUCUGGUACAAACUCAAGAUAAUUAUGUAGAGUUGCAAAAUAAUGAAAAAUUGAUAAUUCCAUAUUCACGUAUAUCCUUAAUGCAAGAAGUCUAUUUUAGCAUAACGUCUGUAACUAAUGACUGGUGUUGGUACUGUCAAAACUUCGACUUUGUCCUCUUUUUCAUUUCAGGUAAUGGUAUCAGUAUGGAAGGUGCAUUGCUAACAGAACAAGACAUUAAUCACCCAAAACCAGCAAAAAGGGCGCGGACCAGUUUCACAGCAGAUCAGCUUCAGGUAGAGCCCUGGCAUGGUACAAUGCCUCUAAUGAAAUACAGCUGUGGGUUGUUGGUGUGGGGUGGGAGGAUAAUGAUUUUAUGCUCUGCAUCACUUAAUAAUUAUAUUAAAUAUAGCUGGUUAUGAAGAAAUUCUCUCCACUGCAGAUAUUUCUCCUGGUGUCAAAGGCACAGCAUGUUUCUGGAAUAUUCUUGCAAGUGUUAGCUGUUGUUCCAUGUGAAAUAGUUACUCUUCAGCGUUUCUGUUUCCCAGAAGGCAGCUGGUAAUUCUGUAAAGUGGAAAUGUAAAUGCUGAUCUGUUUUGACUACUUGAUGAAAUUCAUUAAACCAGACAUUUCCAUCACUACACAUAAUUAUAAUAGGAGACUAAAUAGUUUCAGUUCUGUGUAACAUGAAGAGAAGUCCUAGAAAAUGUGCAGAAUAUAACUUUACAGGAAACAGAUAUUUUCAGUGUCUUGCAUUUCACCAUAGCUGCCAAACCCAAGUGGCAAUCAAAACCAUGGCUCUUCAGCACAGGCAUCACUGUCAAGUUCAGAUAAGCAGAGGCUGAAGCUUAGCAAUGGUGGGGUCAGUAUGAACUUUGCAAAACUGAUGUCUUUGUGCUCUGUGGGGGGGGGGGAUUCUCCUAUGCUACCCCUGAGUUCCGUUAACUACUUUUAUUCUGUGGUAGAUAAACUUGCAGUUCCUUAUCACAACCACUCUAGCACCUGCCUAUUUACACUUUCUGCUUUAUAAUUCAUUCUUGUCCAAUAACUUAGUACCAUUGCUGCCAAAUAAGCAUAAAUAAAUCUUAUGUUCAUUGAAUCUUAAGUUGCCCCUUUUAAGGCAAAAUGCCAACUUCCACAUUGCUUUACAAUCUCUUAAAAUUAAAAGCAGUCUAAUAAGACAGGAUAAGGUACAUUUCUAUUGAUAAAAAAACAAUUAGAAAGCAAAAAUUGAACAGAAAAAGGGGGAAAUUAAUCUAAAGUUUGCUAGCACAAAAGUUUUCAGUUCCUAUUCAAAAUAUUUAUUUCUGGUGUACUCAGUUUGGUAAUACUUACAUAUGUGGGAAAUAACCUAGUUUUGGAUUAUAACAUCCACAUUAUUAUGUGCAUAUAAAAGUGGCUGUUUAAGUUUUUAGUGAGAAGCAAUGGCCUGUCUGUUCAGAAUGUUAAAAUUGCCUUCCAUAUAGUCCUAGACAUGUCCACUUAGAUGUAAGUCCACUGAGUUCUGUGAGGCUUACUGCCAUGUAAACAGGCAUAAGACUGCAGCCUUAAUGUUGCAACAGGUAGUGCAAUGGAUACACAGGAAGCUCCAUAUGUACAGCAGAGCUUUUAGCCCUCAAAACAGCUUUUCCUCACCUCUACCAGCAUCUGUUAAAUAAUACCACAGGAGCUUCAGACGCAGUAUUUGAAGUUUUGCUCAGGCGAUAUGACAUAGGUUAGCUUCAGCAGAUUCAGGAAAGCACUUGCGUGCGCGUAAACAGGUGUUUUGAUCUGAGCCAUAGGACUAUUUAUGCACUGAGUCUAGUUCAGGGGUCAGCAAACUUUUUCAGCAGGGGGCCGGUCCACUGUCCCUCAGACCUUGUGGGGGGCCGGACUAUAUUUGGGGGGGAGCAUGAAUUCCUAUGCCCCACAAAUAACCCAGAGAUGCUUUUUAAAUAAAAUUCUACUCAUGUAAAAACACGCUGAUUCCAGGACUGUCCAUGGGCUGGAUCUGGCCCCUGGGCCUUAGUUUGCCUAACAGUGGUCUAGUUCUUCUACUUUUAAAAUUGUAAACAGCACCUCUUUUUUCGACAUCUAAAAAUACCAAAUAUUUAGGUAGCAAACAUUUAAUUGCCUUAAACGCAUGUAAUACUUUUUAAUUUGGAGUUGUUAUUUGGCAAUUUUCUCAAAGGACUGCAGUGGUUAAUGGAAUUGACAGGAAUCUCAUUUCUUUGCCCUUUAUAGGAGUAGGAAUAUUUCGUGCAUGAAAAUUCACUCAGGUAGCUCUGGGUUCAGUCCAUUGUGUUGCAUCUAGUGAUGUUCAUCCCAUUGUGCAACAGAUUUCUGUUCUUGUAACAGGACUUCCCUGUUUUCACUCACCCUGUAGCUCUCUGCACCACCUCAAAUAUUUGUAGCGUCCCCCAACUCUCUGGAGCAGGUUUUGGGACACAGGGAAGGAAAGGAAGGGGAAGUCCAGUUACAAUAUUGACCAUUUGAGUUUAUAUAAGUCAUAACUUUGGGGUACUGAUAUCAACAACUGAAUAUUCAGUUGACUUGUCUACCCAACCAUCAGUAACUCCAGUAGUUUACAGCUAGGUGUAGAAGUAUCUUGACUCAAUUAAACUUCAAUCCUUCCACACCAAAAUGGCCAUGAGGUUUUAAUUCAAAAAAUGUAAAGUAAUGGCCCUUUAUCUCUUUUAUAAUGUUCAUCUGAAAAGGCUUAUGACAUACUAUAGUUUGUCUGUGCGUUCCUGAACUAUCAGUGCAGAACUAAAUAUCAAAUUAACAAUAAUAUACACUAAUCAAAAAUCCACUUUCAACUUGAAUAAGCUCCUGAAAGAAGUAGGGAAGAGUAAAAGCUAAUUUUCAAAAAUCAUUUCACAGUAGGAUUCACACAGUACACUUUUGGGCCUGGUAACUUCACCAGGAGGUUACGUUUAACCAUGCCCUGUGGUGUAUAUGUGCUAUGAAUGUGCCUUAAUGUGCCUUGGCUUUGCAAAAAUUAGUAUAGCCAUUUCUAAUUUCUUCCGCGUUCUGCUUCAUACUAACAUUGUUCAUAUUUGCAAACAUUUUGUAAAGGAGGCCCUGAUAGGGCAACAACUAGUUCUUGCCACAUGAAGGUGCAUUUUUGUAAUACAAGUGUCACAUAAAACGGAUAUGAUCUGAUUGAAUAAUGAUGAUGUCGUCACAUGAAACCAGCUCUCAGUAACAAAUGAGCUGGAAUCUUGCUUUGAUUUUUUUCUUUCUUUCACGUAAUGUUGUAUUCUAGUGCUGGAGCUAAUCUGGUCAUUGGGUUAGCUUAGCCUGCCUUGAUGUGGUUUAGAAGUCUUUUAUGUGGACAAUGCACUCCUCAAAACUGCUGUUGGAGGUUGGAGCUAUAUGACUGCAUCUUGUUACUUAUGCAGUCUGGCUAGUACGUUAAAAAAAAAUACAGUUUAAAAAUAAAAAAAUACUUCUUGCAUUUUCCAGGUAAUGCAAGCACAGUUUGCUCAGGACAACAAUCCAGAUGCACAAACACUCCAAAAACUGGCAGAAAGAACAGGCUUGAGCAGGCGUGUGAUACAGGUAACUGUACUGCAGUUACUUCACAAGUACUGUGAGCAGAGCUUCUCAGCAGCAUAAAGCUCCAAAGAACAGUUUUUCUAUUGAUCAGUAUUCCUUAGCUAGAGUAGACCUUGUGUGAUGUCUUUUACAGCAGUCCUGAAACAUUGAUUUUGUUUUUUGUUUGUUUGUUUCUUUAGGAAGAAAAUGCACAUCUAAUGUCUUCCAUCACAUACUUUCACAUUGCUGAAGGAACAUAAUUUAGGGUUGUCUUGCAUGUGCCAGCAGCAAUGUGAGUGAUUAGUGACCCGUGGUGAACACUGACACCAGGAGCCCAUGUUAGAAGCUCCCCCAACUUGUUGGUUGUACUAAAGUUCGAUGUAUCUUAUUUUUAAUUUGGGUCUACCUGGCCUCAGUAAAGAGCACACACAGGGGAAAAGUUGCACUGGCAUUUAUAUGGAAGAGGCCCUCAAUGGUUUUAAAUACUUUGUUUCUUUGAUGUAGUUAAAUGCCAGAUAACGAAUACGAUGUGCAUCUUUUUGUGUCUUUCCAUUUUGUGCCUAGGUGUGGUUUCAAAACUGCAGAGCACGCCACAAGAAACACGUUAGCCCCAAUCACUCUUCGUCUACUCCUAUUACAACAGUCCAGCCUUCCAGGCUUUCUCCACCAAUGUUAGAAGAAAUGGGCUACUCGGCCUAUGUACCCCAGGAUGCGACAAUGCUAAAUGCUCUGCAUAAUUUCAUGGAUGGUAGGUACAUUAGCAUGUCAUAAUUACUUCAUAGACUUGAGAGAAGAAAAUGUGAAAUGCACCCUUUUGCUCAGGGUUGGGCACCAUGCAACCCACAGGCAGCCAAAAAAAAGACACUCAUUAUUGUGUCUGGUAUUCUUGGGAAAUUCUUGUACUGUUUUUCUGUGUUUGAUUGGAAUAUUUUGUAUAUUUUAUCGUUUAUAUUGUUUGCCACCUUGUGAGACUUUUUCUAAAAGGCAGGAUAGAAAUUUGUUAGAUGACAAAUACAUUCUAGCUUUUCAGGUUGUUGUCCCUAGUACUCUGCUGCAGAGAGAGGUUGAUAAAAAAUAUUUUGCUCGGAAAGCAAGCAAAAACUAUCCAUAUAUUCUCUGUGCUCAUGAUAGCAUAUAGCCCAUAAGUCGGGAUGUCAAAGCUGUUGGUUUUGCUUCCAUGUGUGCAUAGGUACACCAUACCUUUUUUGUUUUGUUUGGCAAGUUCUGGUCCCUAGUUUGGGGAAAUAAGUGAUAGCCUUGCAUAAGCUUAGGCCUUUUGCGUGUUACGGCUUUUUUUUUUUUUUUUUUGACCAUGCCUUUGAAACUGACAAUAUCUCGGGCUCUUUAUUGUAGCAGAGGAUCUCUGAAUAAUGACCCACAGAUCUUUCCUCCCCAAAUUACAUUUUCAUGCUCACCUUUUUACAUUUAAAAAUGUUCACAAUUCUUUUUUUUUUUUAUGCAUGUUCUUAUGGACUUCUGUACGGGAAUGCUGUAUUCAAAACUUUAUGGGGGAAAAAUACUCGUUAUAUAGCACUUAAAGUUCACCACAAUUCUGUUAUCCUGCAUACACAAAAGGUUUAUGUCAAGCUAGAAACUUUUCCUUAAAUCGAAAGGAAGGCCUAAUUAGACAGAGUUUAAAUAGCUUUCAUCUUUCAAAUAAGGCUUUAUUGUAAAGGGCUUCAUAUUAUAAUAAAGCAAGCCUCAUGACAUCUUAAAUGCUAUGAAAUCUUUAGCGAGCCAUAAUUUAGGGAGCUGCAGAUUCAUCUGAAAAGUAUUGUAGUUCACAAUAAUGUGAUGUGCCGUAAUGAAAUUUGUGGCUCUUUAAGAUACCACACAGUUUUGUUGUCGUUUUGCUGCAGUGGGCCCAUUUUAUGCAUAGUUUUGAACUGUAUUCAGUGGGAUUAGGCAUUUUUGUAAUAAGAUACCUUCCUCACAAACUGCAAAGUUGUAUGUAUAAAAGAGUUCAUCUGGUAACAGGCACUGCCCAGGGUAUAAAGACAUGGGGGGGGCACUGUCAUUCUAGAAAUGAGCGCUAGUACCAGCUGGUGAAAUGGGUGCCGCUUGCUGGUAUCCCAGCCAUAUCAGUGCAGUUGGGUUUGUACUCACAAGUAAUAUUUUUUUAUACUUCUAGUUAGGCUGACCAGCAAAUCUUUCUAUUUUUGUAGCUCAUUCACCUUCUGCUCUUGGACUCCAGCCUUUGCUACCCCAUUCAAUGACACAACUGCCGAUAAGUCACAGUUAA